UUUGGCAAAUCGUUAAGAGUACCUACCUAGUUAAUUUAUAUUUUAAUCUUAAUUUUUGCUUCAUUCAUUGAUAUCGGCUCAGUACAGUUUACAUUCACUCUCUACAACUUAAAAAAUGGAAGAAAAUUAUUCCAAGAAAGUUGUUAAAGUUGUUGUUUUAGGUGAUAUAGGAAGAAGUCCACGAAUGCAAUAUCAUGCACUGUCGCUCGCACAUUCCGGAUUUAAUGUAAAUAUAAUAGGUUACUUGGAAUCAUCACCCCUCCCUGAAAUACUGAAUAACCCUAAUAUAACUGUUACAAAGCUGGUUUCAUUAAAACUUAAUGCUCCCAAAAUUAUUCAAUAUUUUGCAAAGACUUUGUGGCAAACAUUUAGUCUUUUUCUUACGUUAUUAAUUACUAGAAGUUGUGAUUAUCUUAUAUGCCAAAAUCCACCUGCAAUCCCUACGUUACCUGUAUGCAGAUUUUACUGUUUAGUUACCAAAACAAAGUUUAUUAUAGACUGGCAUAACUAUGCAUAUUCAAUAAUGGCCCUGUCCUUAAAGCCAAGUCAUCCUCUACUAAGGCUUGCAACUGGGAUUGAGAAAUGCUUUGGUCAAUCUUCUGAUCACAAUCUGUGUGUGACAUGUGCCAUGAAAGAUGACUUAAUUGAAAAUUGGGGUAUAGUAGCAACUGUUCUGUAUGAUCGACCUCCAAAAAUAUUUCAUCCAAUAACAGUACAAGAGAAACAUAAUUGGUUUUUAAAAUUGGGAGCACAAUUUAGUGAAUUUAUGAAGGAAAAUAAUGCAGAAAGCUGUGUUGAUGUUGGUACAAAAACAUUAUUUACAGAGAUAGUUGGCACUGAUAUUGUUUUAAGGAGUGGGAGACCUGGCUUGCUCUUUAGCAGCACAAGCUGGACGCCAGAUGAAGAUUUUGGUGUGUUAUUGGAAGCUUUACAAAUAUAUGAAACAUCUUAUAGCUUAUCAAAACACUUACCAAAGCUUUUAUGUGUGAUUACUGGCAAAGGCCCCAUGAAGGAAUAUUAUCAGAAGCAGAUAGCAUCACGAAAUUGGCAACAUGUAAAAGUUGUAACUCCGUGGCUUGAUGCCUGCGACUAUCCGACAAUGGUAGCCAGUGCAGACUUAGGUGUGUGCCUCCAUACAAGCUCCUCAGGCUUGGAUCUGCCUAUGAAAGUUGUUGAUAUGUUUGGAGCUGGACUACCUGUAUGUGCUUUUGAGUUUAAAUGCAUUAAUGAACUAAUUGAAGAUGGAACAAACGGGUACACAUUCAAGACUAGUGAUGAGCUCUCAAAACAAAUAAUUAAAUGGUUUGAUAAAUUCCCCAACAAUAUUGAACAAAAUGAAAUUGCUCAAAGAAUGCGAAAUGAGUUGAAUAAAUUUCAGGAAUCAAGAUGGGAGGAUAACUGGCAAUUACGAGCUAGGAAAUUUUUUAAUUAGUAAAGAAAUUAAAUUUAACAAUAAAAAAAGGUUUUACAUACUAGUAUGAUUAUUAAAUAAUAUAUUGCUAGUUUUAAACCUAGAUAUAAUGAGAAAGUGAGACUAAAGUUAAGAGAGGUUUAUAGUUAUGGGAAAUACUGAAGGCAAGUGAAAAUGAGGCUGACCAGCUAAAAGACGAGGUCUUCUCAAGUUUUAUAAUAUGGAUAGGAUUGAUUUGUGUCUGGAUUACAACCACUAUUAUUUAAUGGAUAUGGCAAAGAAGUUUAAACUGAAGACAUAUAUACAUAAGAAUAAAAAAAUAAGAGGUUAUUUAUGAGUUAUUUUUUGUUAUAUGAUGUUAAAUGUAUGUAGACAGUAUAAGAAUAAUUAUAAUCAAUUCUGGUAAA